AUGUGUAUCUCCCUUCACAUCUACUACACCCCACCCAGGCCAUAAAUAUAGACAAACAGCAGAUGGUUGUCGGUAGAAGAGGUUCAGGGGUCCAGAAGAAGCUCUGCUAAAUUAAAGGUCCUGGUGGAGAUCCCAACUGGGAAGUAUCAUGCAGCUCAUUCCUGCAAAGGCUCGCAUUGUCAUCCAAACCUUGCUUAUCUCGGGGCAACUAUGUUGGGCUUAUGAGAUGCUGUGGGUCCACCCUUCUCGUUCUCUGAUCAUUGGAGAAGAUGCUGAACUUCAUUGUAACUUUUCAAUGAAGCCAUCAGAGAAGCUCACGGUCACCUGGAUUCAGAUCCAAAAAAGUGGAAGUGCGUCAAAUAACGAAGUCUACAUUUACGACAACAUGACAUACAUGGACAGAAUGACGGUAGACCGCAGAACCCUGUCGUUACACGUCAAACACGCAGAGAAGAACGACAGCGGACUGUAUGUUUGCACCGUGACUGUCAAUGGAAAGUCCUACAGGUCCUGUGGAACAUACCUAAGGGUGAGAGAACCGACCCCUUACUUCUUCUUUAAAAUGGAUGAAAUCACAAAAAACAGACUUAUCACAGCGGAAGGUGUAAUGCUGCUGCUUUGUGCCGUCAUACCUGGAGUGCUUCUGUUAUACAAGAAGCGGUGGGAAAACUUGAAGGCGUUGUCUCUGAAGCAUGAUGAAGGAGAGAAUCUCUAUGAGGGACUGAAUUUGGAGGACUGUUCAAUGUACGAGGACAUCUCGCGUGGUCUUCAGGCCACUUAUGAAGACGUAGGAGCCAUGCGUGUCUCGGACAUUCAGCUAGAGAAGCCCUGAGGCUCAAAAUCUGCUAA